UGCAAGAAAGAGCAAAGCAGUGCCAGGACACCUCAGAGAUGCCACUGUCUUUCACUCAACUAUGCUCCUCAGGGACACUUCUGCUGGUGGUGGUGUCAAAUCUUCUUUUAUGGGAGAAUGUGGCCUCUAUACCUUUAAGUAGCAAUGAGAUUGAUGAUGAUCCACUGUUCGUCAAGGGACUGUUUGAUCAUGCCAUGAUACUUUCUAAGAAUAUCAGUGACCUCAACAUGGAGUUGCGCAGAAUAUUUACCGUUAGUGAGAUCUCUGCAAAAGUUUUCGAUAAAUUUCUAAGUUCAUCAUCAACAAACCCCUAUGACCAAUUUAUGCUUGAAUUUCUUGGGCAUCAGGAGUUAAAGACUAAGAAUCACACCCACUGCCACAAAUAUACCAUCAAAAUGCCAGAAAACAUGGAAGAAUCCCAAAAAGGCAUCCCUCUCGAAGACUUUCCAGUCUUGAUACUCAGUAGAAUCCAGGCUUGGAAUGAAACUCUUAAAAACCUAAUAAACCUACUUGAAAGUACACCAGUAAUGGAUGAUGAUAUCCUCCCAAUAUAUAAAAAUAUUGAGACAAAAACCGCAGAACUUCUUGAGGACACUAAGAGUAUAUUCAGCCAGAUUUAUGGAACAAUAGAAAAUGUGAAUGAUCACACCAUCUCAUCUAUUCUUGAAGACUUUCAAUCAUCUGAUGAAGAAUCUCGAUUUUUUUCUCUUUGUAAAUUAUCCUAUUGCUUGCAUAUUGAUAUCCUCACAGCUAAACUUCAUCUCCAGUUCUUGAGGUGUGUAGUGCUUGUUAAUAGUGACAGUUGCUUAUCCCACAAAACUGGAACUGAUUCAUGAUGCUGUAUCAUUUUAAAAUAGUCUUAUUUUUAUACACAGUGAAGAUGUGCAUGAGUAAAAUGGGUGUCCUUUAAAAAAAAACAAACAUUGUAUGUAUAACAAAGUUUUAAAAA